AUGUCCUAUAUUGCCCAGAUCUUUGAUCCCCUCGGGUUGGUGGGUCCUAUAAUCACAGUUGCUAAACUGUUCAUGCAGUUGUUAUGGUCGCUUAAAACCGAAGAAGGCCACACAUACGAAUGGGAUCGUCCACUACCGCCGCAGUACAAGGUUGAUUGGAAAACAUUCCACAGGACGCUAGAGACCAUCACCACCAGUAAGGUUCCACGAUUCACAUCACUCGCCCAGGCAACGUCGAUCCAGCUGCAUUUUUUCUCAGAUGCCUCUGAGAAGGCGUACGGCAGCUGCUGCUACAUGCGUUCCGAAUGUGCCGGAACAGUACGAGUUUGUCUGUUAACAUCGAAGUCGAAGGUAGCCCCCCUAACCAGCCACCACUCUAUAGCCCGCCUAGAACUGUGUGGAGCAGUUUUGUCGACUACGGUGUAUGAGAAGGUUUCACGUGCUCUCCAGGUUAGCGCUGACGUUUAUUUUUGGACAGAUUCCACCACCGUUCUCCAUUGGUUACAGUCCACCACGGCACGUUGGAAGACAUUUGUUGCGAACAGAGUAUCCGUGAUUCAGAACAAAACCGAUAUCAAAUCUUGGAAACACGUCCCCGGUGUAUCAAACCCCGCCGAUGCCUUAUCACGUGGAAUCAGUCCAACCGAAAUCUCUGACCAUCCACUCUGGUGGACUGGAGCUCCAUGGCUUGCCUUGCCAACGAAGGAUUGGCCUCAAACAGAACUAUCAAGUGCUAAAACAGUUUCCAUCCCCGAAGAAAGAACAUCUGUGGUGUCUUUAGCUGUAUCCGAUCAAACAGAAGAUUUCGCCUCUAGAUUAUUCGGCUUAUACUCCAGUUACAGCAAAUUGCGCCGCACUGUCGCCUACUGUAUGAGAUAUCUACGUGCCGUGAAGGCUGUUAGGCGAAACGAGAGACUCGAACCAUUUCAGUAUCUGGAAUCUACCGAUUUGAAGGACGCAGAACUAGCUUUGUGUCGUCUAGCUCAGAAGCAGCACUUGUCAGAAGAGAUAGCCAGCCUAACUAAGAGCGGUCGUGUUUCUGCAUCAUCGCCAUUGAAAUAUCUACGCGCUAGACUCGACCCUGACGGAAUAAUCCGACUCCGUGGUGUUCUGAGCAAUGCACACCUUCCUGAUCAUGUCAAACAUUCAAUAGUUCUGCUUGCUAAGCACCCAUUGGCGAGCCUGUUAUCCGAUUACUAUCACCGAACUCUACACCCAUAG